UUUUAUUAUCUAGUACGCGUCCGUCACUUGCCACGUUCGCUCGCAAGUCGUUACGAUUUAUCGCUUAGGCUAAGUUUUCAAUUGCGGCCGGUCGUGUUACCUAGUGCGUAGUGCAUACAGUUUAUUGUGGUCGGGAGGUGAAAUCAGUGAGUGUACUGGAUCGAUAGUGCGAGCAGACAGGCGUCAGGCGACCUCAUUGAGUCGCGAUCGCGGGGCCCGCUCGACUUUCUACCGGGCGCCGACACGGCCAAUCGAUGCGGGACCCUGCUCGCCAAGUCUCCAUAGUGAUCGAGUGUAAUCCAGCCCAAUGGUGAUUGGAUGACGAUCUCGGCUCGCUCCCACGACAAGGAGCCGACCGCCCCGCAGCAGAUCACCGGCGCCGCGCCGCUAGUGGAGUCCGUGCGCGUGUUCCUCGCCAAUGAGCUGCCGACCAAGCACCUAGCACCGGCCGCGAGGGCCCCAGUGUCCCCGCCCCCCACCUGCCAUGCUGACAUCGUGACCGGCACGGCUUGCGAAGAGAUCAAAGGUAUCAACUUUGAGCCGCGCCUCCAGCGGAAUGACCUAAACAACAACGCGUCGCGCCGCAACCACACUCGAGAGAUGCCCAACCAAUCGGAGCUGAUGCAGCGGCAGCCACUGUUGGCGCGCAACGUCAAGGCCAACGCGCCUCAGCCCACCACCGACGAGUCCGACCCGGACCAGGAACACUCGCCGCAGCACAUGCACACCGGCGACUUCAUCGUCGAGCUGCCCCCGGGAGCUGUCAGAGAAGAGAGAUACCCUAAGGAGAUAUGGAAGACCAUCGUAUCCUUCUUUUUCUUGUUCCUAUGUGUGUGCAUCAACAUGAUGUCCCUGUCGCUGGUGCACGAACGUCUCCCGGAUAGAAACACGACGGCGCCGCUCAAUGACAUCGUGCUCGACAACGUGACCGCCCGAGACUGGGGGCUAGCCGUGUCCGAGUACCUCAUCAUGAUAUCGACGACCGUAGCGAUGCUGGUGGUGGUGUUCCAUAAACACCGCUUCAUCGUAGCUCGCAGACUGUUCUUCAUCAUCGGGCUGCUGUACCUGUACCGGUCCGUAACAAUGUUCGUGACCGUCCUGCCUGUCUCCAGCACUACGUACUACUGCAGUCCCAAAAGCAAUGGAACCACACCCUUGCUUAUUAUUCGACGGAUGUUUUACUUAAUAUCAGGAUUCGGGCUUUCGAUAAAUGGUAAGCACACAUAUUGCGGAGACUUUAUAUAUUCCGGACACACCAUGAUCCUCGUGUUGAGCUACCUGAUAGUAGCCGAAUAUUCACCGAAGAAACUAUGGCCCAUGCACUGGGCGAUGUGGGGCUCGGCAUUGCUCGGAGUGACGUUCGUGCUGGUGGCGCACGGUCACUACACCGUGGACGUGGUGAUCGCUUACUACAUAACCACGCGGCUCUUCUGGACAUUCCAUUCGCUGCUGGUGACUCCGCAUCGGAGCGGCAACGGCUACAACCACUACAUGAUCCAGCGCGAGUGGUGGUACUGGCUGUUCACGUACCUAGAGCGGAACGUUCGCGGUCCGGUGCCGCGGCGCUACGACUGGCCGCUACCUUGGCCCCGCACGAAGCUAUUCAGCCGCCUCAGCUAGUGACGCGCGCGCCCACCGUCGCCGCCGCCGGAGCGAGUAUGACACUCACCUUUUGAGAAUGCCGCUUUAGCACCUGCAGCUCUUUUGGACUGGUCCGGGUGCAUAUGGCCAAGGUGAGCGUGUAGUCAAACUGAUGCACGAUCAGGUUCAGGUAUACAGUCUCCUCCCAAUCGAUCUCUGGAUCACCUAUUGGUAACUUUUUUGAGUCUUUCCGGAACACUUCGACGUCAGUCUGCAAACAAAGGAUACAAUGAUGGUGCAUCCGGGUGUUGUCUUGCGCUGUGCAAUGUUGUAGUGUUGUGUGCGGUUUGUGAGAACUGUGGGCGAACCUAACACUUGUUAAAUAUAAACAUAAACGAACGAUUUCUAUGGUGGAUAUUGGACAUUGCAAUGUAGAGGGCGGUAUUGCCUUAACUCGCUGUGUAGUAGAAUAUUUAGUAUGGUUAAGACUAUGUAUGCUUUUAUUGUGAAUAUAGACACAAAUCAGAGAUCAAUCAUAAGUCAUGAACAAUGCUCUUCGCGAAAUCAAUUCAUUUUAAUGAACUAUCAAAUGUUAAAACAGUUUUAUUUGUUAUUUUGUAUAUUUUAUAAGUGGUUAUUGAUCAAUUUUAAGUCUAACAAUGAAAUAAUAUUUAUAAACAAGAUAUACUGUGAUGUUUUGUGAGGUGAUACAUGUGUAUGUAUGUAUGUGUGUGUAUGAACUCAGCAUAGUCAGUGUGGACUAUGAAACGAUCAUGGCUGUACCAUGUUGUUAAUGCAAAGUACAUACUUGUUGUCCUAGCAGUAUCGUAAGAAAUCAUAUUUUUAUAUUGUUUAAAUAAAAUACAUUACUGUUAUUAAAGUC